CCUGAAAAUACAGAGGCUUUUUUGGGUUACCCCAAACACUUCAAACAAAAACCAAUGGCUUCCCCACUGAAUGAAACAACACCAACAACAGUUGAUGAAGAAAUGACAGACCUUGCGAGACAUGACUGUGUCGAAAGGGUCCAGUGGGUGCUCAACACCCCAAAGCCGCCGGGGAUUAGUCAAGAGCUCAUCGGCACCGCCGUUUCCUGGAGGAACAAAGUCCCAUUUCUCAACAUGCAGUCCGGGUUCAAAGAUGGACUCUUUUCCAUGUUGAAAGCAACUUUCCCCAUCCUUUCUUGGUGUCAAAACUACAAAGCAAAUCAAUUCAAGCACGAUUUAUUUGCUGGUCUAACUCUUGCAAGCCUCUGCAUUCCUCAGAGUAUUGGAUAUGCAACAUUGGCGAAACUUGAUCCUCAAUAUGGCCUUUACACGAGUGUCGUCCCGCCUCUCAUUUAUGCUGUGAUGGGAACUUCGAGAGAGAUUGCGAUCGGACCGGUGGCCGUGGUUUCGUUGCUUCUAUCAUCAAUGGUUCAGAAACUUCAGGAUCCUAUGGCUAAUCCCAUUGCUUACCAGAAACUUGUGCUCACAGUAACUUUCUUUGCGGGUGCUUUUCAAGCUGCCUUUGGACUCUUCAGGUCAGGUUUCCUUGUCGAUUUCCUUUCACAUGCUGCUAUUGUCGGAUUCAUGGCAGGCGCCGCCAUUGUAAUUGGCCUCCAACAACUUAAAGGUUUACUUGGAAUCGCCCACUUCACGAACAAGACCGAUGUUAUCUCUGUCGUGAAAGCCCUUUGGAGUUCCUUCCAUCACCCUUGGAAUCCCCAUAACUUCAUACUCGGAUGUUCUUUCCUCAUUUUCAUCUUAAUCACAAGGUUUUUGGGUAAAAGGAACAGAAAACUCUUCUGGUUACCAGCCAUUGCUCCUUUGGCAUCUGUCGUUCUAGCAACUCUCAUAGUUUUCCUUACAAAAGCCGAUGAACACGGAGUUAAGAUCCUCAAACACAUCAAAGGGGGCUUAAAUCCAAGUUCAGUUCAUCAGUUGCAGUUCAACGGACCACAUGUUGGGGAAGUGGCUAAGAUUGGUCUGAUUGUAGCCAUAAUUGCACUCACGGAAGCAAUCGCAGUUGGUCGAUCUUUCGCAGCCAUAAAAGGCUACCACCUUGAUGGCAACAAAGAAAUGGUCGCCAUGGGGUUCAUGAACAUCAUCGGUUCUUUCACUUCUUGCUAUGUCGCAACCGGUUCGUUCUCGCGGACGGCAGUGAAUUUCAGUGCUGGUUGUGAAACCGCAGUGUCAAAUGUUGUGAUGGUGAUCACAGUGUUUAUAUCAUUGGAAUUGUUUACGAAGCUGUUGUACUACACUCCGGUGGCGAUCCUAGCUUCGAUCAUCCUUUCGGCACUGCCGGGUCUUAUCGACGUCAACGAAGCUUAUAAUAUUUGGAAGGUCGAUAAGCUAGAUUUCCUAGCUUGCAUUGGAGCCUUCCUGGGAGUGCUGUUCGCAACUGUGGAGAUUGGCCUUCUUGUUGCGGUAACAAUUUCAUUUGCAAAGAUAAUUCUGGUAUCGAUUCGACCAGGCACGGAAACACUUGGAAGGCUUCCUGGAAGUGAUAUGUUUGGUGAUGUGAAUCAAUAUCCAAUGGCUGUCAAGACUCCGGGUGUCUUAGUCAUGCGUCUCAAAUCUGCUCUACUUUGUUUUGCAAACGCCAAUUUUGUCAGGGAAAGGAUUAUGAAAUGGGUUAUUGAGGAGGAAAAAGACUGCAAGCUGGGAAAUGCAGAAAAGACUAUCCAAAUAGUAAUUCUUGACAUUUCCAAUUUAAUGGACAUUGAUACAUCGGGAAUCGCUUCGCUGGAGGAACUGCAUAACAAUCUCGAUUCAAACGGCAUCAAGCUGGCUAUUGCAAACCCUAGGUGGCAAGUAAUUCACAAGUUGAAGUUGGCCAACUUUGUGCCCAAAAUUGGAGGAAUGGUCUUCCUAAGCAUUGGCGAAGCAAUGACCUAUUUCUCCAUCUAAAUAAAGCAUAUAUUAAACAAAAUCUAAUAGUAUAUUACUUAUAAGUUUGGAAAAUGCAACUUGUGUUUUCUUUUA